AUAUAUUUCUUUACAUACACAACCACUUCUCUAUUUGAUGUCAACAAUAACUCAUAUUUAGGCACACCCUCAUGCUUUCAAGCUGUUUUGAAAGAUCUAGUUGGUAACAAAUCUACAAUGCCUCCUGAAAUAAUCACCACUAAACGUGAUACGGAAAUAGGUCGACUUCUUGAAAGGGUCAUUAGAGACCACAGAAGGGACAUUUCAGCUUUUAGUAAAGGGCAUCUGAAUGAAAACAAUCUAUACAAACCUCCAGAGGCCGGUCGAAAAUCUUGGGAAACUGCAAAGCUUCCAGCGAUUAAAUUAAAGCAUGCUGUCUCUGUAGGGAAGGAGACUCGUGAUAAGAGGAUGUGGGAAGCUGUGGCUUGUUUCUCUGCAGGUUCUGCUUUCCCAACCAGUCUCCCCAGUAGUCCGAACAGAAGGGAUAGGGACGAUGACAUUCUCAAAGGACUGAACAUCGAUCAUGACAACAUCAAUCUAGAAGAGUUUGAUGCAUCUUAUUUUCUGCUUCCCAAACCUGAUGGAUUUAAAGUUAUGCCAAGUUUGAACGGAAGUAUUAGAAAGAAAGAUGAGGUAGAACAGAGGAAGUUGUAUGAUGAUGAGGUUGUGGAGAAACAUAAUCUGACGGACAGGGGCUGGUAUAACGGGACUAGAGCUCUUAAAAACAUGAAGCUCGAUAAAAGACUGGAAAAACUGAUAUCCAGGUAUAUCGAAAACUGUGGGAAGAAUUACUGACGAGAUGCAAUUCGUACAACCCUCUGUUGUCAGACAUUAAAGGAUUCUAUCAGGGAUAUUUAGAAUUCUUGAAGGAGAACAGCAAACAACCAACCCCUACAAACAGUAAAAGAAUUGGUGAGGUGAGCAACAAGAAGGUUGAGAUCGCACGCUUAUCUGACGAAGUAUCUGAACAGGAACGUAAAGCUAUGAAACAGAUGCGGGCAAACGAUCAAUUAAAGGAGGAACAUUACGUGACAGAGGCAGUGUUGUCAGAGGUAAAGAUCCAAACAGAGGUGGUAGACUCAGCAUCCUCCACUGACGUAUCCAUGUUGGAACCUCCUUCUAUAGCCUUGAACAUUGAACAACUUCGACGUGACAUUCUACAGAAGCGAUCUGAGAUCGAGCAACUCCGGAAGCAUCAGCGUCAAGCGAUGGUACCGAUGGAAGUAUACCAGUGUAUGGUGCAGUGUGUACAGAGUGCCGAGAUAGAGCUUCAGAAACAAAUCAAAAGCAAAGAGGGUUUAGAAAAAAAGAAAAAUAAGUAUUUGGAUCAGAUACUGGCGCAAAGCGAGAAACUAGCAUUAACACCGGAACAGAAAGACCAAUUGUUGAACCUCACUAAACCUGUAAAAUCUAAAACAUCUCCUCUGGAUUGAAGUAGUUUAUAUAGUUAGAUCACAAACUCAAUUUGAAUCUUAAUUGAGUCAGUAAUAGUAAUGCUACUUAUCAAGUUAAUUUGGAAACAAAGUACAUAGUUAUGCUAAAAACUAAAAGCGAUACAGUAAUAAGGUUUAAGUUUCAAGCGAUAGAUUUUAUUCCAGUUUGGUUUAAAAAUCAAUAAAAUUGUACACCAAACACCCUUAGUUGAUAUUGUUUCAAGAUAAAAUUUUAAAUUUCGAUUAAUUGUAUAGUGUAUACAUACAUAUUACAUGUGCAUUGUACAAGAGUGUAAAAUAAUUAUAUCAUGAUUUUUCAUUCAAUUCAUGUCA